UGCUCCCACGUCAAGGUCAAUUUGUUGCUCAUCAGUAAUUGUCGCAUCUCUUCCUCGUCCUUCUUUACCUACAAGGGACUUCGAGAGCACCGACUCUCCCCCUUGACCCACUCCUCAUAUCUUCUUCAUUCGUUCCCGGAAACACCCACGACACCAUGGCCUCCGAGAAGCCUGAAUAUGUCGUCGACUCUGGCGAUGCCCACUCUGACGAGAAGGCACCUCGCCGUGGCUCGACUGCCAUUGGCGAGGCUGCUGACCUCUAUGGUGACAUUGAGACUGCCGAGCAGUUUGGUUACGUCUCUCGUGGCCUGAAGUCGCGCCACAUCCAGUUCAUCGCCCUUGGUGGUACUAUCGGUACAGGUCUCUUCCUCGGUAUCGGCAAGGCUUUCGCCCACUCUGGUCCUCUUUCUGUCCUUCUUGGUUACACCUUCACUGGUAUCGCUAUCUGGGCCAUGAUGCAAUGUCUCGGUGAGAUGGCGACCUGGUUGCCUCUUCCUGGUGCUAUUCCUCAAUACUGUGCUCGUUACUGCGACCCAGCCAUGGGUUUUGCUGUCGGAUGGAACAACUGGUACAACUCUGCCAUCACUCUCUGUGCUGAGAUUUCUGCUGCCGCCGUCGUCAUUGGAUACUGGAACGAUACCAUCAACCAAGCUGCUUGGAUUACAAUCAUCAUUGUCGUUGUUGUUGCGCUGAACAUCUUUGCCGUAUCCAUCUACGGUGAAGCGGAGUUCAUUUUCGCCAGUAUCAAGAUUGUGACGAUUGUUGGCCUGCUCCUUGUCGCUCUUGUCAUCGACCUUGGUGGUGCACCCAAGCAGGGACGCCUCGGCUUCCGCUACUGGGUUCACCCCGACAAGGGUGGUAUGAAGGAGUACAUUGCUAAGGCCGACACUGGUCGCUUCCUUGGACUCUUCGCCACCUUGAUCAACGCCACCUUCUCGUAUGGUGGUGUCGAGAUGGUUGCUGUUGCUGCUGGUGAAGCCGAGAACCCCAGAAAGAACAUUCCCAAGGCCGUUCGUCGUGUCUUCUGGCGUAUCUUGUUCUUCUACGUCCUUGGUUCGCUUGCCAUCGGUGUUACUGUCCGCUCUGACAACCCUGACUUGACUGCUGGCGGUGUCGGUGCUAAGAGCUCUCCUUGGGUCAUCGCUAUCCAGUCCGCUGGUAUUCCCGCCCUGCCAUCCAUCAUUAACGCAGUCAUCCUUACAUCCGCCUCUUCGUCUGCCAACGCCUUCUUGUUCAGUGGCUCGCGUUACCUCUUCGCUCUUGCACAGAACGGCCAAGCACCCAAGGUCUUCCUUAAGUGUUCCAAGUCUGGUGUUCCUUACUACGCCGUUCUCCUCACCGCUUCCAUUUCGCUCCUUACCUACAUGAGUGUCAGCUCUGGUGCUAGCACCGUAUUCAACUGGUUCCAGAACCUGUGUUCCAUUGCCAACCUCAUCACCUGGAUCAACAUCCUGAUCGCUUACAUUCAGUUCCGCAAGGCUCUGAUUGCUCAAGGUGUCGACCGUAACAGCUUGGUCAUGAAGAGCAAGUGGCAACCAUGGACUGCAUACUUCGCUUUGGUAUACUUCUGCAUGAUUCUGCUGUUCAACGGAUUUGCAGUCUUCACCUCGGGUAACUGGAGCAUCGAUGACUUCAUCACCGCUUACAUCGGUAUCCCCAUCUACUUCGCUCUCUACCUGUUCUGGAAGCUCUUCAAGCGCGAAUCCUUCGUCAAGCCUGCUCAGGCUGACAUUUGGUCGGGCAAGGCUGCUAUGGAUGCCGAAGUUUGGGAAGAGCAGAUCCCCAAGAACAUCCUCCAGAAGAUCUGGUACUGGAUCGCUUAAGCGCGAGUUCGGUCAUGUCGUUGAUGAAAAAAGAUAUCCCUUCACUUCCAUGUAUAGAUAAUGAUACAAUAAUGCUUUACACUUCCAUUGAAUUGUUCCUUCCAGUGCAUUG